AUGCCUCACAUGUUUCUUGAACUGCCUGGCGUCGAGACGGAGGUGGCGGAAAUUGAAGCAGCCGAAGGGGCGACAACUGCAGGCGAAGGCGUUGUGGCGGAGGCGGCGGAACAGCAGCCGGGAGCGGAUCAGAUGGCGAUCCGUGUUCUAGAACUGCGCUCGCGGGCCAUCAACAUUCCGGUGCCCGCCGUGGAGGAAGCAGAGCGCAACGACGAGCUCCUGGCUUUCAGCCUCCUGAAUCUGGUAUUUCUACCGCGCCAUUUUCGGGGGACGCUGCGCGGACCAGGAUCGGACCCGUACCGAAUCCUGGUCGUCGGCUACGGGCAGUGUCAAAUUGGUACGUUUGCUGAUAACUCUAAUGAACAUUUUAAUAGAAUCUCUCAUAUGUUAGAGAUGACUAGGAAGCAAGGGUGUACCUGCAUGAUGAUCAGCAUGUUGUCUCUUCAGAAUGCCGCCUACCAGGAUGCGGCCACCGAAGGUUCAGCACGAUGA